UCACGCCGGAAGAGAAGGAGGUCCUUUUCCCAGCCAUCUUGUGGCAUCAUCUAGCGAAGUGUUCGCACCAAGCCUCGUAGAAUCGGAGGAAAAUCCUGCUGAAGGGGCGCCAUCAUGCCCGGACAUAUGCAAGAAGGUUUUGGUUGUGCCAUAGCCAACCGAUUCGACCAACUAUUUGACGACGAGUCGGACCCGUUCGAGCUGUUGAAGGAAGCGCAGAACAAGAAGAAGGAGGCUCCUGUUCCUGGUGCCGCCAAGACCGCAGCCCAAGCAGCCAGGCUCCAGAAAAAGGAAUCACAGAAAGACAGAAAGGUCGUACCUGCGGAGAAGAAAGAUGAGCCACCGGCACCCGUGCCUCUGAAGAAAGAUGGACCUGGUCCCCGAAGGAUGGGUCGCAGGCCUGAGGGUCAGGGUCAAGCCGGUGGACCUCCCCGUGAGGGCCAAGGUGAGGGCCGCCCCCCCACAGACAGACCCCCCCGGACUGACAGGCGGCCACCGCGCCGUUUUGAAAGGCCCCCCGGCGGAGAGGACAAGCCCAUUGAGGGAGGCGAGUUCUCUGUGGACAAGCCCGUUGGUGAUAGGCCGAUGAGAGGACGUGGCGGUGCCCGAGGUGGUGGCCGUGGCGGCGGCAGGGGCCGUGGCACAGGCAGAAACGAUGGCUUCGAUGCCAGAGGAAAGCGUGAAUUUGACAGACACAGUGGCAGCGACCGAUCCAGCCAGAAAGGUGAGGAGAAGCGUGGAGGAAGUGGAUCUCACAACUGGGGCACCGUCAAGGAUGAGAUGGGCGAGCUCGACCAAUCAAACGUGACCGAGGAGACCCCUGAGGGAGAAGAGCACCCUACUGCCGACUCUGAGAAUAAGGAGAAUGAGGUUGGUGAACCUAAGGAAGUGGAACCCAAGGAGAUGACCCUGGAUGAAUGGAAGGCCCAGCAGGACAAGGAGAAAACCAAGGUGGAGUUCAACAUCCGCAAGCCCAACGAGGGAGCUGACAGCCAGUGGAAGAGGGGAUACGUGCUGCACAAGUCCAAGGAUGAGAAGAAGGCUGACAGUCUGAUUGAAGCCGCCGUGGAAGCAGAGGCUGUGGCCCCGAAGGUAGAGGACGAUCACCACUUCCGGAAGCCAGCCAAUGACAUCACAGCCCAGCUGGAGAUAAACUUUGGGGACCUUGGACGCCCCAGCCGUGGUCGUGGUGGACCCCGCGGUGGCAGGGGGGGGCGUGGGCGCGGAGAGGGCAGGGGAGAGUUCCGUGAGCGCGAGCCCAGAGAGCCCCGUGAGCGUGACAGUGGAGCCCCCACCAGGCCGGCUCGUGGAGGCCGUACUGACAAGCCAAGUGGCGGGGUGAUCGUGCCCAAUGUGGACGACCCCGAGGCCUUCCCGGCCCUGGCCUAAGAUGGAGCGACGGAGCCCAUAGCAGACCCCCCAGGCAGACCCCUAGGCCCCUCCUCUACGAGGCUUGCAUGUUUCUGGAUCCUUCAGCAAAAAGAAAUGAUGGCGAAGACUGUCAUUGACCAUGACGCUCACAUCUGAGGACUGAAUUUUACUGUUUUAAAAAAAAAAAACAUAAAAGAAGAGAAAAAAACAGAAAUAAAAAAAACAACGAAAAAAGAAAAGGACUUCUUGCUACUUCUGGAGCAAAUUAUUGGUAGAGGUUUUGUACUUAGAAACAAAAGUAGCAGGGAUGUUUUCAUACAGUAUUUUUUUCAGAGAUUAUGCGUUCUUCAUGAAUACUUUUUUGUAUUGCUGCUUGAAAAUAUGCAUUUCCAAAUAUAUGGUAUAAGAAGAGUUGAUUUGAGCUUGUGGUGUCCCAUAGCUUGCUUUGUUGUUCUACAUGAUCACUUCCCUUCAAGCAGGAAUGGAACCCAAGUCAACUAGCUCUUACCAUACUGGGGAUUUCUGAAUGGGUUACUGCAUCAUCAAUCACUUUGCUUUAGUUCUAGGGUUUUCUGUAAUUAUAUUUUUUUUAAAGUAAGGCUUAGACCUCUAUGAUAUAGGCCUGUAAAAGUAAACUAUUUUCAUGAUAAGAUAUGUUAAGGUGAGGAUUGUAUUAUUUCUGAUGGUGCAGAUAGGGACAUGCCUCAGAUCGAUGAUCUAGUGAUUGUACCUACACAACAAAUGGUUAAAAUGGAGCCCAAUUUAGUUCUGUAUUGAGGUCUUUGAUAUAGAAUCAACUUUGCAAAGGACUCAGUACAUCACUUGCAGGGGGAUGGAACACUUCAAUGAUUUAGUGUUUCACUCUGACAUCUGGCUUGUGUGGCUCUAGGUGAAUGUUUCCCCUAUGCAGGUUAAUUGCCCCGAUGUUGGGCUGCAUCUCAGUGGUGUAAUGUGGCUUCCUCUCCUUGUUUCCUCACUGGUCUGCGCUAACCUGAAAACUCUUGAUUUGUUAGAAGUAAGGAGGCAAGAACAGGAAGCCAGCUGAGGCUGUUGUCGGAUGACCUCCGAUCUCACACUGUUUACACACUCCACUCCAGGGCCCACAGGAUCCAGUAUACUGCUAACAAUGUGAACUCGCUACUGCAGUAUUUCCUGUGGUGGUUAAAGAUCCUCCAUUUAGAUUUUCCCUCUGGUUCUCUAUUGCAGCACUACUGCAUAAUUGCUCUGAAAGAAAUAUAGAUGUGUGUGUGUGUGUGUGGAUCAGCCAAGUGCGCUACAGAUGUGUGAAUUCUAACCUGCUAUUAUAGACCUCCGUCAGUAAAUAAAGAUGGUCGAUUCAUUCUUG